UAUCAACACCAACCGCAGGGCUUUUGCUUUACUAUUUCGCUCGCCCGUAGGCUCUUGGAACCAUUGUGUGAAUUCGCAAAACUUGCCAACUUUGAAAACUCGAUUUUAGAAUUGCCUCUCAAUCCCUUCAAGUCACUGAUUCCCCCCGCUGAAUUGAGGACAAGGUUCCUCGAUCGUGCGCUAAUUAAUGUAAUCAAUCUGGUUGGUGUUGAUAUCAACAAAGCCCUUCGGAAUCCGUUUUAUGUCCCGCUUCUUUCCUUUGUUUGUGGGUUGGGUCCGCGGAAGGCGCAGCUACUUCUUCGCACCAUUACAAAACGCAUGAGCUCUGGCUACUUGGAACGCCGUUCAGACAUUCUUCGGAUGAGUAUCCUUGGAAAAAGGAUCUUCCUCAAUUGUGCAUCAUUCAUCAAAAUAGAUUCCAAAUAUCUUCCAAAGCGGCGGCAGUAUGACGCUGAUAUUUUGGAUUCUACUCGCAUCCACCCGGAAAGUUACGACCUUGCCAGAAAGAUCGCUGCAGAUGCUUUGGAAAUUGAAGAGCCUUUGGACGAUGAUCAAAAUCCCUCUGCUCAUGUGGAAGAGCUCAUGAACGAGCCUUCAAAGCUUAAUGACUUGCUUCUGGAUGAAUAUGCCAAAGAGUUGGAGAAAAACAAAAAGAUCAAAAAAGCGCACACGCUGAAGGACAUUUCUGCAGAACUGCAGGCUCCAUUUUGCGAUCGGCGCUCAUUUUCGGCGUGCUCCAUUGAGAGGAUCUUUGAAAUGUUGACUGGGGAGACCGAUCGAACCAUUUUCCCGGGUCUUGUGCUCUCUGCAGAAGUUACUCGAAUCAGCGAAAAAUUUGUCAAUGUCCGGCUAAUUGACGGCUCACUUAUUGGAUCCAUAUCUGCCAGGAAUUUGGCUGACCACUACAUCGAACGAAUCGAAGAUGUUGUUUCUUGCCGUCAAAUCGUGCUUUGUAAAAUUCUAAACAUCAACAAGGAACGAUGUGCCUUGGACUUGUCGAUGAAACCUUCUGACCUCACAUGCAAUACCGGACACAAGGCUUUGGACCCGUAUUACGAUAAAAAGAAGGAAGCCUCUUUGAUGUCGUCGAAAAAUACCUUAUUGCUCAGCUCUAAGCCUGGAUCAAGAUCGAUUUCACACCCUUUAUUUAAAAAUGUAAAUCGCAUUAAAGCCGAAAGCCUAUUGGCUGAUGGAGAGGAUGGUGAUAUUAUUAUUCGCCCAUCAAGCAAAGGAUUUGAUUUUGUUGUGAUUUCCUGGCGUUUGUCAUUGGAUGUAUAUCAUCAUAUUGAGGUCAGGGAGGAAAACAAAGAUACGCCCUGGACGCUUGGGCAUUCUUUAUUUAUUGGGAGUGAAAAGUUUGAUGAUCUCGAUGAAAUUGUUGCAAGAUAUAUGGAUCCUUUAAUUAAUUGCUUUCGCGAGGUCACAGGCCAUGCCAAGUAUCUGUCUUCGAUCACAGGUAAGAAGGAUAUCGAGCUCCAGUUGAGAAAGCUGAAGGCUCAGCAGCCAAAGAGAAUCAUUUACGGGCUAAGCAUGGUUCCUGAACAGCCCUGUAGUUUUCUGCUUUCUUUUCUUCCGUUCGAAACAACAUAUCACGAAGCUUUCUGCAUAUCUUCAUCUGGCCUGCUGUUCAGAGAUAAGAAAUUUGCAAGUGUCGACGACUUGCUCAAUUUUUUCAAGCAAGACCAUAUGACGAGACAACAACAACAACAACAAAAACAAAGAGUGCUGUAA